AAGAGGAGCGGCGCCUUUCCUGUGCGCUUACAUUAGACUCACAUGGUUGGAUGGUCUACCUCACGGACGCGCUCUCGGACUCUCGGCUCUUCAUCUUUGCGCGCACGCUGUGGAUUUAGGAGUUUUUCUCCUUCGUUCGUUUCCCGACAGUUUGACCAUCUGCAGACCGGAGCGCUGCGCUCAUGCCGGAUCCAAAAUGACUUUUACUAAGUGGUCACUCGCCAAAGCUUAAGGGGGACCAAUCAACGGGCCCUACAAGUGCAUGCAAAGAAGCAGCCUUUGAUACAGAAAGGAUUCCUCCACUCCGUCUCACCACGUGGAAGGACCACUGGGAGUACAAGAAUACAGUCAAGGACGAGUUCAACCUCUCCUCCGUCUGCAAGAGGAUGGGAGGGGAAAACUAAGGCUUUGUGCAGCCAAGAGAAGCUUAAUGAAAUCCAAAGAAUCUUAAAACAAAACGUUUGCGCUCGUGCUCUGUAAUCAAGCAGCCAUGUGUGGACUGCCUGUGACCAUCCACUGUCUUCUGGCUGCUGCUCUGCUGCUGGACUGUUGCCUCCAAUCAGUGAAUGCCAGUGAGGACGACGCUACACCCCGACUCAGUUUCCCUUACAAUGCAAAGGAGAGAUCAGCCAGGAGAUUCUCUGUGGACGGCGUCUUCAAUUACACCUCUCUGCUGCUUAGCCAGGAAGAUGACAUGCUCUACGUCGGCGCCAGGGAGGCCCUGUUUGCCCUCAGCCUCUCAGACAUCAGCAAGACCAAGCUGCAGAAGAAUCUGACAUGGGCCACUCCUACAGAGAAACGAGAAGAGUGCAGCUUUAAAGGCAAAAAUCUCGAGACUGAUUGCCUCAAUUAUAUAAAAAUUCUCCUGCGGCUGAACAGCACUCAUCUCUAUGUGUGUGGCACCUACGCCUUCAGUCCUGUCUGCGCCUACAUAAACACGUCAACUUUUACACUGGAGCGGGACGAGGCGGGGGAGGUGACGAUGGACGACGGGCGCAGUCGUUGCCCUUUCAACCCAGAGUACAAAUCCACUGCCAUCAUUGUGGAUGGGGAGCUGUACACCGGCACUGCCAGCAACUUCCAAGGGAACGAGCCAGUCAUUUUCAAAAGUUUGGGUCAGGGAACUUCGCUGAAAACUGAAAACUCUUUAAAAUGGUUGCAAGAUCCAAUCUUUGUCGGGUCAUCUUACAUCGAGGAAAGUCAGCCCGUAGGUAACCCUGUGAGCGACGACGACAAGAUUUACUUCUUCUUUAGCGAGGCAGGGAAGGAAUUCGACUUCUUUGACAACACCAUUGUGUCUAGGAUCGCCCGCGUGUGCAAGGGUGAUAAGGGCGGGGAGCGAGUUCUGCAGAAGAAGUGGACCACCUUCCUGAAGGCUCAGCUUCUGUGUUCCCUCCCUGAUGACGGCUUCCCCUUCAACAUCAUCCAGGACAUGUUUGUUCUUAAGCCGGUGGGAGACAGCUGGGAGAGCACCGUCUUCUACGGUGUCUUCACCUCUCAGUGGUACAAAGGGGCUUCAGGGAGUUCUGCAGUGUGCGCUUUUAGCAUGGCACAGGUUGAGAGAGCCUUCAGCGGCCGCUAUCGGGAAGUCAACAGAGAGACCCAGCAGUGGUACACCUAUAACCACCAAGUACCAGAGCCACGACCCGGAGCGUGCGUGACCAACCAUGCCAGGCAGCUGGGUAUUAGGUCGUCUUUGGACAUGCCUGAUAAAGUGCUCAACUUUGUCAAGGACCAUUUCCUGAUGGACAGCGUGAUCCGAAGCUCUCCUCUCCUGCUCAAACGUAACGUGCACUACACCCAGAUUGCUGUGCACAAGAUCCAGGGCAUGGAAAGAGCAUACGAUGUGCUCUUCAUCGGAACAGAUGAUGGAAAGCUCCACAAGGCCAUCAAUGCUAAUGAUAAGAUGCACAUCAUUGAGGAGAUGAUUCUGUUUGCGGAGCCUCAGCCUGUGCAGCACAUCGAACUAGAUCCUCAACGGGGGCUGCUGUUCGUGUCCUCGUACUCUGGGCUGGUGGAGGUUCCUGUUGCUAACUGCUCUAACUACCUGAGCUGUGGAGAGUGUGUGCUGUCCAGAGAUCCCUACUGCGCCUGGACUGGGCGGCUGUGCCGAGACGUCCGAAUGGCGCCACCUGACAGCCAUUGGCAGCAGGACGUGGAGGAGGCAGACACAUCAGCCAUUUGUAACAAGACUGUUCCCAGCCCCAGAUCAUUCAGGCCAGCAGCUUCCCGAGGUUCUCGUUGCAAGCUGGUUACAGUUCCAGCAAAUACCUUCAGAGUCCUGCCCUGUAAGCUGCGUUCCAAUUUGGCGCAGCGGAGGUGGCGUUACGGCGACAGCGCCAGCCAGCUGUUUUAUGCAACCCCUGAGGGAAACCUGGUAGUUGUUGCUCAGUCCGAGAAGAUGGAGACCUAUGAGUGCUGGUCAGAGGAAGAAGGUUUCCGUCAACUUUUGGCCAACUACUGCGUGAUCGCAGAGCCUCGCCAAGAAAGCACAACGCCCUUGAGUCACUCGCGUACGCCCCACUUUGCCCGGGAGGAAACCAUCAUCCUGCCCGGCGAGUCUCGGUCUGAGCAGGUCCAUGCAAAGACCUACUGGAAUGAGCUGAUCGUGGUGUGCGCUCUCUUGGCUUUCUUCCUGGUCUUGUUCUCCUUGUGCGUCGUCUACAGGAAUCGGGAUCAUAUGAAGUCCAUGCUGAAGCAGGGCGAGUGCCCCAACAUGCAGCAGAAGAAGCCGAGGAUAGUGGGAAAGCCUACAGAGAGCUUACCCCUCAACGGGAACACCAUCCCUGUUUCUACAUCGGAUCACAAGGGCUACCAGACUUUAAACGACAACUACAUCUGCAGCACGCCCACGCACGAGUCCUCUCCAGACAACAGCAAGAGCUUCUCAGAGUCCUCAGACAGGCGGCCGCUAAACCUGAAAGAGAGCCACGUGGAAUACUCCCCAACCUGCCCUCGGCCCAGAGUCAGGCUGGGCUCGGAGAUCAAAGACUCAAUUGUAUGAGAGCAAGGCAAUGACUAAACAGCACACCAUGCACCUCCAUGGAGGGAACAGACCACCAGGCUGAGGAGGGCACACCCUCGCAUCCUGCAUUUGCUUUUUUCUGGUCAUCUCAGCUCUGUGAUGGUCUGAAGGUCAUUUCCUCAAAUCAUUUCCACUAGAAGCCAGAGUUCAGUCCUACUGAGGCAGGAACAGGAGGAAUCACAAAACUUCAGUGUCAGCCUGGAUUACAAACCAUCACAACUUCCAGGAAUAAAUCCAACCAUCUUCAUCAUGAAAGCAACUAACAACGUGUGUGUUUGUGUGAUCAAGGGCUGGAAAGAAUGAAUAAAUACAGGAAGCAUCUCUCUUAUAACAUUUUCUCUUUACGUCAAUAAAUCAUCCAUUUUAGAUUUUUUACAAUUAUAGCACAAGACAAGAAAUAAUCCAAGGUAUUACUAGUUCCCCCACUCUGAGUAGGAGUAUCUUGCACAAUUCCUGCAGAAGGUGACUUCUGUUUUAUGCACACUAGAGCCGAGUUGCAGGUAUGUGUUGGGCAGGAGUUCAAGUGAACAAACACGUCUUCAUCAUGAUUGAGAAAAAAAUGGAUGCAGGUCAAGUGCACAUUUGUGCCUCGUAAAUGUCAGAAAACAAAAUACGAUGAAGAUUGAGGGAACAUGCAAGAGCCUGCUGAUGGAAGAUGGAUGAGAGCAGAUCACUGGCUGUGACCAGUAAUUAUGCUCCAAGGCCUCAACACUGACGUUAGCCUCCUGAGUGUGAAACGAUGAAGUGCAGGGAACGUUCUGGAGACGGCUGCAUUUCAAGAAAUGAGCGUUGACUGAAUCGCUGUGUGUGUUGUCGACGAUAUUAACCUGCAUGUGCCACGAUGGGUUAAUGAACUGUGACACAGAUGGACCUUUUUCUUUUCCAAAAUAAACACAAAAAAGAAACUGGGUAAAAUUGCAGGGGGUGGAAAAAAUGGAGACUUUCACAUGUCUUAUUCAGGGUAACAUCUGUGUCAUCUUGUGUACUGUGCCAAAAAAAGAAACGACUGAAUUGUCUUAACUAAAUGCAAUAGUACCAUCCUGUUGUGAGCAUCUCCUGCUUUCGUUUCGCAUUAAUUACUGUCAGACAGCACAUGGCGAUAGACCCAGGUUUGGGUCUUGAUGAGCAUUAUGUGGCACUAAUAAUAAAUAAAUGUGAUGUUCAAAGUUGGAAACUUCUUUCAAGACUGUUAGCUCACAGCAAAGAAUGUUUCAGGCAAAAUAAUGUCAUGUUGAUGUACAAAUUCUGAACUGGGGCCAAAGGGCAUGGCAUGUUUACUGUACAUGCCAUGCGGUUUUCAACAUUCUGAUUGUCUUUCUGCCUUCUUCCUGUCAUGUACAAGUGCAACUACUCAGAGACGGUUGAGCUCGACUGGCUCAAGCGACAGCUUAUGAGACAAAAGUGCAAAUAAGCUUUUUGGAUAUGUAAAAAACGACAGUCAUGUUGAUGCAAGAUGGAGGUCAAAAGUUUGUCUCCAAUUGCAUAACCCUCAUGAACCCCCAAAGGAUCAUAUCGACAUGGCAUUCGCUAUGUUUGGAGGGCCAAGGGGAUGCUAAUUUGAAAGCACAAUGAAUCAGGGUUACAUGUUUGCUCAUUUUAGUUCAAGUCCAUCUUUAAAAUGCAGAUGGACCACGUUAACCUUUCCCGACACGUUUUAGUCAUCAAGUUUUUCACCAGAAACGAGCAGAUUUUAUCAGAAGCGCAGGAAAAUAAUGGUGGGAUUUCAUUUAACCCUUGUGCUAUCUUAGAUGACCCCACCCUUACAUUAACGUGUUCUCCCUACCAUGACAAAGGUGGAUAAAGGUGGAAAGAUUUCAUGUAAUUCAUGGACACCAGUGAAGAUCAAAAAUUAUUGAAGAAAAAAGGUUCAGCGCACUGUCUAGUGGGUCUAGAUGACCCAACUACCAAUGUUAAAGUGCCUAGGAUAGCACAAGGUUUAAACACAUUCAGACGUCACUGCUUUGACCGAAUUAACCUACAGUAUAUAUCCAGUAUCGCACAAAAUCAAUAUUUUAGAGCUCUGGUGACAAGAUGCUAUGUGGCUAAGUUGACAAAGUAUUUGCACAGCAUAUAGUGGUCAGUGUUUAACAUUUUUCCAGAGUUUCUGCUGUGUACAUACAAAUCUGUAAUUAAUACUGUGUUUUAAGGGACCUUGUGCAAGAUGUGUAGUAGAAGUAGUCAUGAAAGUAAAGAGUGAACACUGCUGAGAUAAUAUUUUUUUUCUGCUUUCCCGUCAACUUCAGCAAAUCUUUGACCACACUUUGACUCAGCAUCACGGCUGGUUUUUAUCAAGCACGUCAAAACAGGAGAGGCACAGCAUUCUGAUAUUUUGGGUUUCAGGCUUUUUGGAGCAAGUUGCAUCAGCUUGUUCCAGAGAGCUGAAUGAGAAGUUUCACUUUCUUUUUAUAAGCACUAAUUGCAAUUUAAAGUGUUCUUGUUUUAGUUAUUCAAACACCUUUUAGUUAGAAAAAAAGAAGUGAAGAAAAGCAAAUUCCAAAGUGCCAUUUCUUUUAUAAAGUCCUAAAGAUAAGAAAGAAUCGUAUUGUUCUGUAUUUGAAAUGAAUGUUUAAAGGAUAUUCAUCAGUAGGAAGCCACAUUUCAGUGCAUGAGGACAGGCAGUUUGUUAGUUUUUCCUCGAAAGUGUAAACCCUUUAUUUUGCAUUAAUUAUCCAUUUCAUUUUAUUUGUCUUUGAGUACACAUUUUUUUCCCCAAAUUAUUAAUUUUGAGGCUUCUAACUCCUCUCUAAACAAAUACAUUUCUGAAAAUGUUCAUUAAUAUCACAGCAGAUUAAUCAUUUUAUUUUGUUCAUGAAAUCCUUUCACUUUUGCCAAGGCUGAUAUUUGACACCAUAAACUGACUCUUUAUCCUGUAUUGAGGUGCUUGAUUGAUUACCUUUAAUGCUUUUACAGUAAGUAUUCAUUCAUUCUGCCUUUAGCCUUGUGGUGAAUAAACUGCAUUCAGUGGGCACUCUCAACUCCACAGCACAGGUUAGUAAAUGAUCAACAGAACGACCCAAACUAGGGUUAACCUGAACAUGAGACUGGGAACUGCUCACAAUCCUGCAUCAUCCCUCUUUAAAGCAAAGGCUUCGGGUGAAUGAUGCAUCAUUUUGAGGACCUCUCACUUACAGCAACAUUGUGUACUGGAUAUGAAUGUAGCCACACGUGCAUCAACAAAUCAUUUUCUCCUUACAGUUUUCAGUUGACAUUUCUGUCUUUUCAGGAUUCAGCUGAAGUUUAAUAGCAGCACAACAGAUGUAACUCAAUCAUUUGUGCUGCGCGACACGACGCGUCCAGCUCCAGACAGGCUCGACCAUGUGACGCGGUGACAGCACUGCUUUACAGUCCUGACCUCCAAAAGCGUAGUUGACUGAAUAACUGAUUAAACAAAUGUGGUCUUGCCUGCAUGAUUUCUUUUUUAUUUGUUGUGUGUACAAAUAACAUUGUGAAGUGUAUUUUUCGUAUCAUUGAGAUUGUGACUGUUGUUUUUAUUAUAUUGUACAUAAAAAGGCACUUUAUUUUAAUUUUUUAAGAUAAAUGAAUAAAAUACAUGUUUUGACACAA